AGGGGCUGCAGGCCCUGCGCAGGGAGAGCACACAGAAGGGGUGGCACGCGCGGGGGCGCACCCGCCAUGUCAGUUCAAGUGACCUCGAGGCCUGGCUGGUUGGUGGAGAGCCAAAGGGAGGGAGAGAAGGUAGGAGCCUGGGCCUACCUCUCGACCCCAAGCCUCCCAGCCCCAUGGUCCCCGCAGCCUGCUUGCUGCUCUGGGCCCCGCUGCUUAGUCUGGGGCUCCAGGCGGCGGGGGCCCAAGAUCAGACCACAAAUCCGACCGUAACCCCCACUGGGAUGCAGCGGAUCAGCUUCCGCUUAGGGGGCCCGGCCCGCAGCCACCAGAGCACAGCCAUCACUGCCCAGACCACUGUUCUGAGGAAGGUGAAGGUAACUCUGGAGGACGAGAAUGAUGCCCUGGCCACUGCCGACCGCCUGGCUGGCCCCGCGGCCCAAGAGCUCCUGGCCACUGUGUCAGGUAUCAGUCGGUCGUCCAUGGCCAGCCCUAUCGAGGAUGAGGAUGGAUCCUUGGAAGAGGGGAUCGUGAUAGAUGUCAGGAGGAGUACCACCUAUGGGACUCCCAAUACGUUCUCUAGUACUAUGGGAAGUCCCAGCACUACCGGGAGAGUUUUGGCCAAUACCCAGGAGCGAGAUAUUAGGUUGAUCACCAGCUUGACACCCUUCACUUCGAAGUCUACUGUCGGAGACUUGUCUUCUGAAACCACCAUACCACAGUGGUCGACGCCUGGGUGGCCAUCACCCUCACCCACAGCCAUGCCAUCUCCCGAGGAUCUGCGGGUGGUGCUGAUGCCGUGGGGCCCGUGGCACUGCCAUUGCAAGUCAGGCACCAUGAGCAGGAGCCGGGCUGGGAAACUGCACGGUCUUUCAGGGCGCCUUCGUGUUGGGGCACUAAGGGAGCUCCGCACAGAGCACCGGCCUUGCACCUACCAGCAAUGUCCUUGCAACAAACAACGGGAGGAGUGUCCUUUGGACUCAAGUCUCUGUCCUAGGAACAGCUGCAGCUCACAGACCACCCCUCAGCCUGCCACCUCUACAGAGUCCCCUGUCCACCUCAGACGCAGACCCAUCCUACCAGCACCCAGCCCCAGCCCCAGCCCCAGCCCAGCUCUUGCUUUUUGGAAACGAGUCAGGAUUGGCCUAGAGGAUAUUUGGAAUAGUCUUUCUUCAGUGUUUACAGAGAUGCAACCAAUAGAAAAAUCCCAGAGGUAACGGCCAUGUCACCCUCAAGAGGCGUUAUCUGCAUCUUAACCUCCCUUUUCAACCCCAGCAUCCAUUAUAUAUUUUUAAUACAGAAAAAAUAAAACAACAAAAAAAUAUACUUUGGUCUCUUUUUCUAGGCUGGUGAUGGGAUCAAAUCUGGGGCUUUGCACAUGCCAGGAAAAGCGCUUACUUUUCCACUGAGCUACAUCUGCAGCACUGGUCUUGUGCCUUUUACUCCAGGGACUUUAUAGCCAGCAGCCUUUAGCUUGUUCCCCUGUCCCCAGGAUAAAAUGUUCAUGCUGCUGAUUUUCCUCAUUCUCAACAGGAAGAGCAGGGAGCUAAGGCCUGGUAGACAGCAGUGGAUUCUCCCUGCCUUUCCAGUACUUCACCCUCUUUUCAGAAAAAAGCAACGUCAGUAUAAAAUUUCACCCAUCUUAGUCACUUUCAAAGCUAUGUUCAUCAGCCAUUUCUAUCCUUUGACCCCCACACACACUUCUUCUACAUAGUGAUUACAACUAUUUUGCUUAAUUUUUUUUAUUUGAAAAAUGCAUUUUAAAGUCCAAGAAUUUUUAAUAUAAAUUAUGACUCUCAAACCCAUUCCAAUCACCUUGUUAAGUGAUGGUAGUAUAUGCAUUAGAGAAGGUAGCUCAAGGCAGGGGAGCACCAACGGGAUGACUGGGUCCAAAGAAUAGUUUCCAGGAUGAUGAGGCUGGAGUUCUUUCUACCCUAGCCUGUUAACCCAGCAGGGGUGUCCAACCUUUUACCACUGUGACAUGAUAUUGUCAUCUACAAAUGUAUUGGACUGCAUUCGUAGCCAUCCUCAGACACCUGUUGCCCACAAGGCAUCUGCAAGCAUUUCAGCAUAACAUCAAACCACUGAGCUCCUUCAGGGUAACAGGAUAGGCUACUUUCAGAGAAACCAGAUUGACUAGAACUCAAAGUAAAUAGGAAAUGUACCCCUGUAACCAAUCUUAGACCCUGAAAAACUAUAGGAAGUACACUAAGCUUUGAAAAAAAAUCAAAACCUCAAUCACUAGGUAGGGGUAACCAGAUGGAUGGUGGAAUCAGCAAGAGUGGAUCAGUUCCCACAGUCCUGAUCCAUUACCAUAAAGACUUCUUUUAACAAAGCUAAAGAGACCCCGGCCUUAUUUUUUAGGAACAGGCAGGAGCCCAUCUAUCUUGUUCUGCCUUUCUAUUUACCCUACAAGGAAAGGGCCAGAACAAAAAACACCUGAGAAAACAAAGGGACUAAAGACUCUGCUCCUACAAUUCUUUCCCCUCUAAAAACAGACUCUUUAGCCAGGUGGGGAGUGGGACCUGAUUUUCCAACAAAACUCCCUGAGUCUUAUUUGUGUCUGGUUCAAGGACUAGGACACAGAGAAGAAGAGCUUAUAACAUGGACAGCAAGUUAGGGUGUCUCUGCUGCUUUUGAUUCCCACUUCUCCAAUCCCAGCAUACCCUGUUCAUUUCUCCACACUGCCAAGAACCCUCUUACACAGAGCCAACAAUGAAGAAACAUCAUACAUAUCUGUCAGACUCGAACCCAUGUAAGCCUAGGCAACACAUCUGAAUAGAUUACAUGCCACUCUGAGCCUGCCUCUAUGAGGGUGCUAGUUGCUCAAGCUUAAAAUGAAUACAUCAGAUUGGGGGGUGGGGGUGGGGGCAGUGCAGAAAACACUUAGGAAAAGCCUAUCUUGACUCUAGAGCUGUGGUUCUCAACGGUGGGCAAUUCUGUCCCUAGGAGACAUUUGGCAAUUUCUGGAGACAUUUUUGGUUGUCAACUAGGGUGGGCCAGAGAUGUUGUAUCUUAUAAUACAAAGAACAGUCCUCCAAUACAAAGAAUUAACCAGACCAAAUUGUCCAAAGUUGAAAAGGCUUGUUUAUAGCCUCUCCCUAUGCCUGUGGAGGACUGUGGGAUUUCUCUUACCACUGCCCCAUUCAAAUGAUUAGGAAGGGCCACAUCGAGAUAUAGCUAAUUUGGCUACAUCCUGGCUUCCUAUAUAUAGAUCCUCUUCUUCCUUUUACCUGGACCAGCAGGGAGGUUGACAGAGGGGUAGGCUAGGACUCCCAAGUCUUAAAUGGAAUGUGGUCAAAGUAAGAUCCACUUCUUAACUCUUCAACGGAGAAUAAUAUGGUUCCUAACAGGGAUGGUAUAAGGACAAAGGUAGAAGGAUGGGGGUAAUUAAAAGAACUCAUCUUAAAUUAAAAUUUUAAUAAAAAAAAAAAAAA